AUGAACCAACCGAACUAUGAGCAGCUGCUAUCGAAGCUGGAGCGGCUGCAGCGGGAGCGCCAGCGCGAGGAGUCACGCACCCGCUCCCGCAAGAAGGAGGGGCACGGGCUCAGCCCCCAGCCCAAGCUGCGCGAGAUCCGCCAGAACGAAAACCUGCCCGGCAAGGGGCUGCUCAAGGGCCUCACCCUCCGCCACUUCGAGGUGCUCAAGACUCUUGGCGCGGGCACCUUUGGCCGUGUCAAGCUGGUCCGGCUGAGCGGCGAGCCCGAGCCCCACGCGCUGAAAGUGAUCCCCAAGUCCCUAAUCAUCCAGCUCAAGCAGGUUGAGCACAUCAAGCUCGAAAAGCGCAUCCUCGAGGAACUAGAGCACCCCUUCAUCUACUCACUGAGGGCCGCCUUCCAGGACGAGCUGUGUGUCUACAUGCUGUUCGAGUUCUGUUCGGGCGGAGAACUGUUCAACCGCCUGCGUAAAGACGGCCGUUUCAGCAACGACAUCUCGCUCUUCUACGCCACAGAGAUUCUGUUGGCUCUCACGCACAUGCAUGAACAUGCUGUAGUCUACCGCGACCUCAAACCCUAAAACCUGCUGAUCGACCGCGAGGGGCACAUAAAGAUCGCGGACUUCGGGUUCGCCAAGCGCCUCCGGGAGGGCGAGCGCACCUUCACCCUCUGCGGGACGCCCGAGUACCUGGCGCCUGAAAUAAUCCACGGCUCGCGUGAGGGCUAUGGAAAGAGCGCAGAUUGGUGGGCGUUCGGGGUGCUGAUCUACGAGCUGCUGACCGGGCACCCACCAUUCUAUGACCUCAAGCCGCUUGGCAUUUACCAGAAGAUUCUGAAGGGGAUCAUUGAGAUCCCGCCCUUCAUGUCCACCCGCAGCAAGGACCUGGUCCGCAAGCUGCUCAACCCUGAGAUCAAGUACCGUCUCGGCCACGCGGACAACGGCGGCUCCAUCAAGCUACACAAGUGGUUCAAGGGAGUCGACUGGAAGGUUGUCUUGCGCAGGGAGAUCCCUGCGCCAUGGGUGCCGCCCCUCCGCGGGGCGCAGGACACCAGCUGCUUCGAGCCCGUGCCGGACACCCCCCGCAACCACGCAGAGCAGAUCAAGCCCACCCAGCAGGCCAUGUUCGAGGACUUUUGCUGA